UGAACUCCGCACAUGAUUCUCGCGAUUCUCGUUCAUCACAUUUUCCGCCCGAAAAAAACGUUUCCUCUACGUUAUCGUUAAUUAUUCAACAACAAAACAAGAAAAUGUGGAGAAUAAUUUGUUGUCGAUCGUGAAAAGUUGCGGUGGCAGUUCUGUUUGAAGUCGAAACAAUGACUCGUUGACAUGUCUCUUGGUUAAUCAAUUAUUGUUUGAGAAUACUCGUGUCAGUAAUCCGAAAUGGAUUUGAGAUUGAUUGUGCAUUCACGUAAAUCAGUGUACGAUGAUGUGGUGAUCAGUCGGGAUUGCGUGGUUAAUUAUGCAGGGGGUGAGAGUCCAGGGAAGAGAGUUCGGGUGCGGAUGAAUAGGAAGGGAUUCAGUGGAGACGUUGCUUCGGCAUAUGUUCAUUUGUUGCGAUCCUCUGGGGUCUAUAGGGCAUCAGCUAUUAGACCUUUGCAUGAGUUGACCUGGGGAGCAGUCCAGGAUGGGAAGGAGCCCGUGGUUUUCAUGAGGCUCAGGAUGCCGAGGAAACAGUUCCUGGAUUACAAUUGGGGCGAGAGGGUGACACAAAUGGCAAUGGAGAGGAGAGAGAUUGAUUACGCUUUAUCCUGGUUAUCCACCCUCGGUGGUGCCUUCUCAGCGAUGGGAGAUCACUUCGCGCACUGUGCCCAAAUUGCUGGUAAAAUAUCAAUUCAGCAAUUCAAACUAGCUCUACGUCUGGGGGAUCCACUUCUAGUCGCUCGUUGCAAGCUAUUCGCUGCCCUGAGUCUCAUUCAACAGAACAAACUUAAAAUUCCGAGGCAAAUAAUACCCGAAAUUUAUAAUUAUGCUGUUGAUAAUAAGGACACUCAUCUGAAGAAAAUGUGUCAGGGUAUAUGGGCCAAACUGAAGUACCACUAUUUCCUGGAGAAAUCUAAUAAAAGGGUUCACAGAUGGAAAAACAAUCGAGAUGACGUCCGAAAGAUAGUCCACCCGGGGCUUCACAAAAAAAUCCAUUCGAAUGAAAGAAACUCACAUCAGUGGAAACCCCAGUAAACACCAUAGCAUGUGUCAUAGCGGACUCCCCAUAGAUGAGCCUGUCAGCCUUGGUGAGUCCCAACUGUAUGUCAACCCCAAAGACCGCAGCGAUAUCAUGAGCUUUGAUAUCUAUAAUUCCAGACUUAGAGGCGAAUCUCUUGGCGACUUCACAGCCAAACCAAACGGCCUCCCCGGUUUUGAUGCUGUUAGCAGCCAGUGACAUGAGCAACUCUGGCGGCUGAUUAUUGUAGAGUGUUCUCCGUCCACCUACGAAAUUCCCGAGGCACUCAACCUGGUACAAAUGGCCAAAGGGAUUCGAUGGUCUUGGAUCGGUGACGAGACAGACCUUGUCGUCGACGUUGAA